AUAACGUUCAGGAGCUCAGAGUCAUUUCAGUGUCCCGUGAAAAUGCCCAAAAAGGAGGAGAAGAAAACUUUGGACAAACAAGAUGAAGGCAACAGGACAAAGAAAAGUGAAAACUCCUUAACUCGGACAAAUAAACCCGGCUAUGACGACAACGAGAAGGAUUUAUACUUGACACAAAUUCGACAUUUGGAAGAGCAGGUGGAGAGAUAUCAGCUAAAAAGUGAUGAACUGCAACGGCAGUCGAAGGACUUAAACUGUCAGUUCAUCAGACUGGAGCAGGAGAAGAAGGACAUCAGUGCAUAUCUGAAGCAUUCCCUGCUGGAGAAGGAGGCCAGGGUGGAGGAGCUGAUGCAGAGUCUGGACAGUCUGAGAGAGGCUGCUGAAAAAGACAAAGACACCCUGCGACUGCAGCACAACCAUCUGAGACAGGAGCUGCAAGACCGGAUUGACGAGCUGACCUCAGAGAACAAAAGCCUCGCGACGAAACUGGCCAGCCUGGCAGCGUUUGUAGAGCAGAAGGAGCAGCUGGUGUCCAGCUUGGCAUCUCUGGAGAAGCAGCUGGUUCAUCAGCAGGAGGAGCACAACGCUGCCAUCCACAGCUUGGAAAUGAAAGCGCUGAUGGAAAAACAGAGACUAAAGAAUGAGCUGGACAGUCAAAUGGCAGCUAUGGAUGCACAGGUGCAGCACCUGGUGGACCAGAAGGUUCUGGAGAAAACUAGGGAGGUCCUCCAAGAGAGCAAGGAGGCCAAGUCUCAUUUCAACCUACUUUCAGACCAGAACCAGGUCCUGCUGAAGGAGAACAAGGUGCUGCGACAGCUGAAGAACCGGCUUAGCAUAAACAUGGACAUCCUGGAGCAGACGAUUAGCGAGAUUACUCAUAAGAGCUGCAUCCGCAAGAAGGUGGCGGAGGAACUCCGAGAGAAAUAUGAGCAGCUGCAGUCGGAGUUGAAGAUGUGUAAACAGGAACAGCGACAGCUUCAGCGCAAACACACGGACAUCCUGACUGAGUUGGCGAUGCUCAGACAGGACCGAGCAGCUGCUUCUGAAGAGUCAAACAAAAUGAGAGCUGAGGCAAGUUGGCUCGAGGGGGAGCUGCAGGAGUUGCAGAGGAGCAGCCGCCAGAUGAGAGGCAUCAUGGAAGAAACAGCAAUCAUUAUCAGACGGGCUCUGGGCACAAGACCUCAGUCCAGAUCUGAGGCUCGCCUGGACACGCAGGAGGUGCCUCCAGUUCCUGACGGGGAGGUGGACGAUGGGCUUCUUUGGAAGCAGGUGGUGCUGAAUAUGCUGGCUGUGCUGGAAGGCCCCGCCCUGCUGGGAAAAACACCGCCCUCACCAGAGCAACCACAUCUGACCCCAGAUCAGCCAGUCCCACAGGAGGCCCAAAGAAGUGACAGAAUCUGAUUCACAGCCAGUUUUCAGAGACAUGACGCAGGGGGUCUGUAUCCUUUAAUGUUUAUUGUGAUAUGGCAAAGUCUCAGGCACUUCAGUUCUCACAAGAUGGAAGUCAGUACCUGACAGGACAGUUUGUUUCAUACACAAAGAAACAAGACGCAAGACAAAGAGGAGAACAAAAAAACUAAUAUCCACUAUAUGUACAAUUACAUAUAUCUGCAUUAAAAACUAUACUUUGAUAAAU